CAUCCCUUUACUUCGGUAGAAGAGGACUAAAGGUUUACCAUGGCAUUCGGAGGUAUCCUGAGUGAGGCUGAUGUCAGCGCUGCUCUCCAGAGCGUCCAGGCUGCCGACUCCUUCAACUACAAAUCCUUCUUUGCCAAGUCUGGCCUGAGCAGCAAGUCCGCUGAUGAUGUAAAGAAAGUCUUUGCCAUCCUUGACCAGGACAAGAGCGGCUUCAUUGAGGAAGAUGAAUUGAAACUGUUCCUCCAGAACUUCAACUCAGGUGCCAGGGCACUGACUGAUGCUGAGACCAAGGCCUUCCUGGCAGCUGGUGACUCUGAUGGUGAUGGCAAAAUUGGAGUUGAUGAAUUCCAGGCUCUUGUGAAAGCUUAAAUUGUUAAACCUGCAAGUCAUUUUCAUGUAAGCUGCAGUUCCACAACAUGGGCUUUUCUUAGUUAAAUUGACACAAAUGGAACCUGGUUGAGCGGAACACAGACACCUCUUCAGCAUUUUCCUCCCUGCGGACAAGUUUUGAUUUCACCUUCUGCUUGCUGAAUCCAAGGCAUUCACCCUGCAAAAGAAGAUAUUCAGUCCCAUGACCAGCAAUUUACCUAAGAGAUGCCUACUUAACACGCUAUAUUUAUUUAUUAUAUUUUUUUAUAUUGAUAUUGCAUUUACUGCUGUUUAUACUGUUGGGACUUUUGUAUAUCCUCCAAUGUGCAAUCCUUCUUUCAAUGUCUUAAUGGAUUGAGGCAGCAGACACAAAAAAACCUCAGUGCUAUCAAUAAAUCUAUUUUGGAGUCA